AGAAACCAUAGGUGUGCGUGUGUGUGGGGGGUGAAACCAGCUGAGUGCGCGUCUCCUCUAAUAGAGCCUCGGAGCGCAUCAUCAUCAUCAUCAUCAUCAUCCCACCGUCAGCUCCAGUCUGUCUGGGCGGUCGGUGCCGUGCCGUGCCGUGCCGUGCCGAGGAGCAGAAGAAAGAUGCGAGCGGAUAUUCUCUCAGCCGCCGAGUCUAAUUGGUGUGAUCCAUGUCCCCGUUGAGUGGCUGAAACCUCUUCACAGCGAGGAGAGAGAUGCGCGCAGAGAGAGAUCCGGACUGUUUGGAAAUGAAGGAAUUAUAAAAACAGGAGGGUGAAAGUUUCUUUUUGCAGAAGUGUGUUUUUUUUCUUCCUUUUUUUCUGCGGACAUCACCAGAUUGACGCUGUGAUGGAAUGACACUUGGAGAGAGAGCGAGAGAGAGAGAGAGAGAGGAUGAUGAUGAUGAUGGACACUUUGGCACCGGAGCUCCGUUUCCAGCCGGCGCGGUGCUGACCGAGCCCUCAGGACGACGAUCACUCAUUUGUUUUGAAGUGGCAGGAAAAUCCUCCUCUUGAUCGUUUUCUAUCCCCUCCCCCCCCCCCCUUUACAACAAGAAACCAGAGUGAGAGAUGGAGAGAUGGUGCGCACAGCGAUUCCUCAGAGACUGACGUGCGCACUCAUCACAUUCCCGUUAAGGAGCGCGUCUUAAAGAGCUUCUUUCUCUUCAUUCAUGUUCAUUCCGAUGCUCUGAACUUGUUGAGUGGUGUUUUAAUGGGCAGGGGGGAACAGGGAGUUACCUCGUACGAGAAAUAACACCAGAUCGCCACGCAGGAAGAGGACCAUGAUUGACAGCCGGGCUAGCUGAGAAGACCUGCCACUCAUCUUCCUAUCAGCGUGUCAGAGGGCUAUCUCCUUCUCGCCUUCCCCCCCCUCUUCCUCCUCCUUCCUUCUCCUCCCUCCCUCAGUCCUCUCCUCUUAUCUUCUCAAUGGGCUGGUAACCUCGCCAUCCCUCGUAGUUAUCCACCACUCCAGAAACCUGAGAGAGACAGAAAUACUAAAGAAAAAAUACUUCGAAAAAAACAAACUCUCGCUCCAACUGAGGGGAGUUUGGCAUGCCUCCUCACUCCAGUUGAGUUGCAGUAAGCGGAAGAAGUAGAAGAGGGAUCUCUUGUUAGCACCCCUUCUCCUUCUUGAGAAGGAGCAGAGAGAGGACCAGCCAUGCGUUUCCAUUUGGCGUUGGCGCUGCAGGCGCUGUGGACCAGUGUUUGCCAGGCGGGCAUUCAGCACUACCCCGCAGCGUGGGGCCACUACGACGUGUGUAAGUCCCAGAUUUACUCAGACGAAGGCUUAACCUGGGACUACAUGGCCUGCCAGCCAGAAGCAGCAGACAUGACCCAGUACCUGAAGGUUACUCUGGAUCCUCCCAACAUCACCUGUGGAGACCCUCCGGAGACAUACUGUGCCCUGGAGAACCCCUACAUGUGUAAUAAUGAAUGUGACGCCACCACAGAGGAACUCGCCCACCCUCCGGAGCUCAUGUUUGACAUCGAGGGCCGCAACCCCACGACCUUCUGGCAGUCCACGUCUUGGAAGAAGUACCCGAAGGCCCUCCUGGUCAACAUCACGCUAUCUUGGAACAAGACCAUCGAGCUGACCGACGACAUCGUCCUCACCUUUGAGUCCGGCCGGCCCGAGCAGAUGGUGCUGGAAAAGUCGCUGGACUAUGGCCGAAGCUGGCAGCCCUACCAGUUCUACGCCACCGACUGCCUGGACGCCUUCACCAUGGAGCCCAAGACGGUGCAGGACCUGACUCAGCACACCCUGCUGGACAUCAUCUGCACUGAGGACUACUCGCGAGGUUACGUGUGGAAGUAUGAUAAAACGGUGCGCUUUGAGAUCAAGGACCGCUUUGCGCUGUUUGCUGGGCCUCGGCUCCACAAUAUGGCUUCGCUUUACGGCCAGCUGGACACUACCAAGAACCUGCGGGACUUCUUCACCAUCACAGACCUGAGAGUCCGUCUGCUCCGACCAGCAACGGGAGCUACGAUGGUGGACGAGAACAACCUGUCCAGAUACUUCUAUGCCAUCUCUGACAUCAAAGUCCAGGGCAGGUGCAAGUGCAACCUUCACGCCAACAGCUGUGUAUUUGACAAAGAGAAGUUGAGCUGCGAGUGUGAACACAACACCACUGGGCCUGACUGUGGCCGCUGUAAGAAGAAUUACCAGGGGCGAGCGUGGAGUGCUGGCUCCUACCUGCCCAUCCCCAAGGGCACAGCUAAUAUCUGUAUUCCUAAUAACAUUGGUCCAGUUAUUCGGCCGAAUGUGUCAUCCCUAGGUGUCGCUAACCGAAAAGAAGUAGCUCCUCAGGUUGCUUUGUCCACUGCCCCUUCUGUCCACGUUGCAAACAGCAAGCGAGACUGCGAAUGCUUCGGCCACUCCAACCGAUGCAGCUACAUCGAGCUGCUAAACACCGUCAUUUGCGUGAGCUGUAAGCACAACACUAGGGGCCAGCACUGCCAGCUAUGCAAGCUGGGCUACUACCGCAAUACCUCGGCAGAACUGGACGAUGAAAAUGUGUGCAUAGAGUGUAAUUGUAAUCCCUCUGGCUCAGUCAGUGAUCGCUGUAAUGGCACAGGAUUUUGUAUAUGUAAGGAGGGCACUACAGGGCCUAAGUGUCAGCAGUGUCUACCCGGCUAUUUGUGGGACGAUGGCUGCAAAUCCCGGGUGUGCGACAACGAGCUCCUGCGCUGCCAAAAUGGCGGGGUGUGCGUCAACAACGUCCGCUGCAGCUGUCCCUCGGACUACUCGGGCCUGCUGUGCGAGAACUCCCGCUGCGAGUCGGAGCUGGGGGGCUGCGGGGGCCCCGACUCGGGCCAGGCCUCGCUGACGCCUCCAUCUUCCUCCAGGCUGCUGCUGCUGCUGCUGCUGGGCUCGGCACUGCUGAGAGAGGCCUCCUGCUGGCCCGCCGUGCUCUAAAGAGACCCGUGACCUGGUGGGAGCAACAAACUCCCCGCCGCCUCCACUUUAACCCCCCCCCCCCCCACAUAACCCCCUUUCAAAUAAUCAACAACCAUUAAAACAAGAACAACCAUGAGCUUUCUGGACUGUACUGUACUGAGCUUCUCCGCCGCCAGACUCAAUGGACUCGCGAUAAAGGGAAUGUGCCAGAGUGCAAAAACUUUUCAUUUAAUUUCAAAGAAUAUAUCGAAAUAAAAAAAAAAAAACAUAUACUUCUAAAAAUGCCAGAUAUUAUAAGAAAUAAAAAAGAGCCUAAUAAGAGUAAAAUGUGCAAAGAACAAUGAGAGCCCCCCCCCUCCCCUUCUAAGCCAUACCAGGUACUCGAGCUCCUUCCAGUUUGAGAAGGGAUAACUGAAGAUGACAGACUCGUUCACUUCCCCUCUUAUUGCCACGGCAACAACAGCUGCGACCAAUCAGCUCUCGAACGAGCCGGUAGUGGCCGCCGAUCCCCCCGGGACGCUUCUUGCGAGUUAAUGUUGGCUGGACUGACGCUGAAGAAAUCUCAAAGACACCGUCCCCUGCUGAAUGGCUGAGUGACUGGCCUCUGAAACAUAACCGUUAUGCUUCAAUACAGCGACAAACAACAGGAGGAGGAAACACAGGAAGCAUUCUUUGCUGUCAGUGCAUUGUGGAUAGAAGGAAAUCUGUCCGGACUGCCACUUUGUGACACAAAAGCCUCGCCCACGUCGAUCCCUCUCUAGCUUUCUGUCUCUCCUUCGAGCUCAUCCUCCCUCCUGUUCAUCCUCCCUCCCUCCCUCCCUCUCCUGCCUCCUAUCCUCCCUCCCUCGCCAUGCUGCCACAGACCUGUGCUUUCGUGAACGUUACUCUGUAAACCCUUGUUGGUUGAAAGAUUCUUUUGUCCGAUGUUAGUGAUGCACAUGUGUAAGAAGCCCCUUCCCCCUCCCUCCUCCUUUCCUCUCUUGCAAAAAGAUACUCCAAUAAAGCUGUCUGAUUCUUUUUUUUUCCUAUCUUAAAGGCCACCACGCUCCCUAACCGAUCAUGGUCCGAGGAUAGUUUUCACCCGAGCAGACGAGAAGUGCAUAGAAAACCAUCGGUGUAUUUGCAAGUUCUUUUCUCGACAGAGCAAACAAAAAAAAAGAGUCAUGUAGUCCUUUUGUAUCUUUGCCGAACUGUGAUUGAAAAAAGGCAACCUUUAAUGUACCUAUUUAAAACAUCCAAAAUGCAGAAGCAAUCGUUCAUGGGUUUUUCUUUUCUUUUGUUUUUUUUCAUUUUUCUUUCAUUCACUUAUUUUAUUUGUUAAUAUUACUUUUAGUUGUGCAGUUGAUUUUCCUUUGUAUUGGCAACGUGCUGGCAUCAAAGAAUAUCAGUUUACAUAUACAGUAUUAAUAAAAGUGUAAUAAAAUCCCACCAAAGGACAUUAUAAAUGUUUUGUUCUUGCUUUAACACUUGAGAAUUUAAGUGAAUAAAAGUUUAAAAAUUAAA